UACUCACAGCCCCGCCAGCCCCACGCUCCUCAGCGCUCCGUUAGCGGCUGCCGCUGUUGCCAAGUGGGCCCUUCCCCUUCCGGGCCGCCCCGGGCCUGCCGGGAUUUGGAGUUCGGGGCGGGGCCGCGCACUGCCCGCGGAGCCGCGGUGCGGCCGCUGCCGGCGGAGCUGUGCGGGGCUCCCGCGGUGCUGCUCCGCUCCGGGCGGACGGCUAAGGCGGCACCAUGAAGAGGAGAGCAGGGGAGCGGGAGAAAGAACUGAAGAAGAAAAAACUUCUUGAAGAACUUGGGGAGAAUAGGCUUCCAUAUCUGACACCAGCCGAUGCUGAUUUCCACCAGCUGUGGAAGACCAAGUAUUCCAAGCUGAUUUUCAGGAAAUCUGAUACAAUACCUGAAGAGCUCCAUCAAACGGUACAAGAAAGCUUUCUGACCUUGCGAGAACACAACUGUUUCUUUCAAGAUCUUGUAAGGAUCAAAGGAAAAGACUUUCUUACUCCAGUGUCUCGUAUACUAAUUGGAAAACCAGGAUGCACUUAUAAGUAUUUGAACACAAGAUUAUUUACAGUUCCUUGGCCUACAGAACGUUAUGAUAUAAAAUAUUGCAGUCCUCAAAUACAUGAUGCUUGCAAGGCAUUAAUGAGACUUAAUGACUACUUGCAUAUUGAAACAGUCAAGGCAUUACAAGGACAAAAUUUGUUUGAGAACAAAGAAAUUAAAGAUACUUCUGUAAUAGAUAGGAAGCAAAAUUUUGCUACUUCUCAUACGGAGCAAGGGUCUGUUUCAAAAGAUCAAAGCAGUCUUUGUGUACCAGAGGAUGACAAAAGUCUAGAGAACAGAACAUCUUAUAAUUUGACUUUAUUGAAUUAUAUGGAUCCACUACAAAUGCUGUACUUGAAACAAGAACCUUACUUUGGAAUGGGGAACAUGGCAGUGAGCUGGCACCAUGACGAGAACCUGGUGGAAAGGUCAGCAGUGGCUGUGUAUAGUUACAGCUGUGAAGAUUCAGCUGUACAAGAAAGCAACGAGCAGGAACUGAAGGGAAGAGACCCAGCAGUUUGGCACGUGGGCUUGAAGGUAGCAUGGGACAUAGAGACACCUGGCUUGGCAGUGCCACUUCACCAAGGAGACAUCUACUUGAUGCUUGAUGAUCUCAAUAUGACACACCAGCACUGUGUUCUGGCUGGUUUAUCACCUCGGUUCAGCUCAACUCACAGGGUGGCAGAUUCUUCAAGAGGAACAUUGGAAUACAUACUUGGACAGUGUGAACUGGCACUCCAGAAUUUACAGACUGAUUCUGAUUCAAUGGCUUUGUCUUUGAAAUCACUGGAAGCUGCAGUGGUGAAGCAAGGAGAAGAAAUACACAAUGAGGUUGAAUUUGAGUGGCUUAGGCAGUUUUGGUUCCAAGGCAAGAGGUAUUUGAAGUGCACUGAUUGGUGGCUUAAGCCUAUGGCUAAAUUGGAAGAAUUUUGGAGAAAACUGGAGAUUAUGACAAGUCUGGUCCUCUCUGAGGUUAGAAAAGAGCAACAAAUUGAGGAACAAAGGAAUGAGACCAUCAGCUGCUUCCUGCUCAUUCUUAAGGAGAGACAAAAGCUGCGUAAAGAAUGGAGAGCAAGAUGCCAGUCAGACGCAGCAGAGAGCUUGCCAGAAGACCAGAAACCAGAAUGCCAUCCCUUCUGGACAGAUGAUGAUGAAUGUAAUAUGCCUCUGCCAUAUGAUCUAGAAGAAGUAAUUGCUUAUCUACAAAAUCUUGUUCAAUGGAUAGAAUAACAAGUGACCUUCCAGCCUAGAAUUAUUGAUGCUGGUCAUCUGGGGAGAAGCUUUGUCGUUACCAUAAAUCUUUUCAGCUUUAUGAUUUCUUGAUUGUAUGUUAUUUUGUGUGUCAAUGCAGAUGUUACCAGUCUUUACACAGUAGCUUAGUUGCUGUCUCAUAAUAAAAAAGACCAGCCCCCAAAUUUACAGAAGCAUGAGUUUUUUAAGACCUGAAGUCCAGAACACCAGCCUUAGUUCCCUCCUCCUGCACUCUAAUUCCCAUUGACCCUGCAGCCCAGGGAUAUCUGUGUUUCACAGGAUCACACGAUGGGUCAAGUUUGAAGGGACCACAGUGGGAUCACCGGGUCCAACCUCCCUGCUCAAGCAGAAUUACCCAGAGCACAGGGCACAGGGUUGUGUCCAGACAGUUCUGGAAUGUCCCCAGUGAGGGACACUCCACAGCUCUGGCCAAGCUGUUCAGGGCUCCUUGCUCAUGUCCAGGGGCAACUUCCUGGGCAUCAUUCCUGCCCCUUCCUCUUGUCCCAUUGCUGGCACCAGGAGCAGAGGGUCCAUCCUCUGACAACUCCUGCAGAUACUGACAGAGAUCAGCAGUGUCCCCUCUCAGCCAUCUCUUCUUGAGGCUGAGCAGGCCCAACUCUGCCAGUUGUUUUGACACAUUCCCUUGGUAUCUAAAUUUCAGCUUCCACAAGUGCCUAGAACUGGCCUGGCAGGUGUGAGCAACCCAAGGUGAAGCUCAUAGGUGUGGCAAAGCAGACUGCAUGAUCUGGGCAUCCUAAUGAAAGCCCAGCUUGGGGUGAGUCUGCUGGAGAUCUUCAAAACAGAGCUGUGAAUUCUCAAUCCAGUAACUCAAAGGGGCAGGAGAUACUGGAGAUAUUCCUUUGUGCAGUGACUCCUUCUCAGACCAUUUUUUCAGAUGAGGAAUUCUGUGGGAGUAUUCUAACAUAGAUCUCAAGACUUUCGUACUGUUUUGCCUCAUGGCAACAGAGUACUACUAAGAGAGAUUUCUAAUGUGAAUCUGUACCUCCUGGGCUCCCUGGGAUUCAGAAUUCAGUUCCUAAUCAUUGCUUUGUUUCUGCAUGUUGUGAAUCCUAUUCUGAGGUCAAGUUUCCCAGAGCAUUGCCUAAAGAGGUGAUGGAGCUAAGUAAGACCUUCCAUUAGGGUUGUUUGGUCCCCUGAGAAACUAGAUUUAGAUUGUGUGAUAUUGGGUAUCAAUAUCACAGCAUCAAGUGAGCUCUAUGAGCACAAACCCAAAAACUAUGAAAAACAGAACUGUUUGUAAUGUUUUGUAGUAACGUGCUCAGAGUUUGAUGUUGCCACCAAGAAAUGAAUAUGCCUCUUGUGUUAAUGUGGUGUUUAAAGUCUGGGGCUUUAAACUGAGGCUGGACUCACCCAGAACACAUCAACUUCUGUACUGGCAAAGUGCUGUGUGUGUGGAUGAGGCUUGUACUCCCGAAAAUUGUGCUUUUGACAGUAUAACAUAUGCCAGACCUCCCUGGAGCUAAGGAAGCUGUGCCAGUAAAAAAUUCAGUUUUAGUGGUAUAAAACUGUGUCCACACCUACCAGCUUUUGCCAGGACAAUUAUAUCAAGUAGAGGUUGUACCUCAUAAGACUUUAGGUAAAGCUGUGCCAGCAAAAGUAUAAAAAUACCUGAAUCAAGUGUUUCCAUUGUAGUACUGGGCUUCUGCUAAAACUUCUAGUUAUCCUGUGGAAUGUAAAGACUCUCUGAAGAAUAAGUUAUUACUUAAACUAGGUUUGAUAAGAUUACCAUGAUCCACACAUUUAUCUGUUGUCUCUUGUGCCAUAGAAUUCAUAACAUUUGGAAAUACAGCUCUGAGCAUAGCUUUCUCUUCUCUGCACUAGUUAAAGCUGGCUUUACCAGUGGCAUAUUUGGAUUAGUGCCACACUAAACACUGUUUACUUUGGAGAUCGCUUAGAGAAAAGCUACUGAAGAUGUGGGAAUUCUGCUUUUGAAAAGGCACUUCUCAGAAACAGAUCUUGCUUUGGAAAUGAGCAAUAUGAAUUCAGACAAGUUAAUGAUGUAACAGUGUUAACACAGUGUUUAGGGGAACUGUUUAUUUAUGCUGUUAUGUUAUGAUCACUUUGUGUUUAAUUAAGCAUUGCUAAAAUCCAUAGGGAUCAUGGUAUUGAAAGGAAUCUGACCUUCAGAAAGGGUGGAGAAGGCACAUCAAUGAUAUAGUUUGUAGCUGAAGUGGAGGCAAAGCUAUUAAAAAAUGAUUGGCAAAUAAUGAUUUCCAGCAGCAGUAAAAAUAAAACCGAACUAAAACAAUCCCAAACCUAUUAGGAGACUGCUGGCAGUAAUAACAGAAUUUUUAGAAUACACGUUCCCAGGUCUUGCCUAUGCUUGAAGAUUUAAGGCAGUGAAUUAGUCGAACUAGUACUAAUCUCAGUGCAGUCAGAUGCCACUUAUCUAAGCCAUGGAUAUCAAUGAUAUGGACAAAUGAACACCUUUAGACUAAGACUGCCAAAAUACCAAUAAUCAACUGGUUUAGGGCUCUGUGUUGCAUUCCAGUCUUGCAUCAUCUCAGUCAGUAUAACCUGAUUGAGUUCAGUUGAAAUGCAGAAGUAUGAGAAGAUAUCAUAUCUCCAAAGCCCACAGGAGUUGAUAGCAAUAACAUGAGUAAGAUGGUGAAACUAUUAGAAGCACAUAGUAAUGCCAAAGGGUACCCCAAAAGGAGAACAGGGUUAAAGGUAAAUAUGGUAUUAAAAAACCUGAGAGAUCAAGUAUAAAUUAUUGCUAUGUUUAGGUUAUGUGUUAGAAGCUGACAAAUACUUUGAAGAUUUCUUUAUUUUAUUCAAGUAGUUAUAAUUUAGCUUGUUUCAAUGAUUCUUUAGCAAUCCAUUUAUAUUCCAGCAUUAGAUAACCCAUCUCCUUUUCGAAAGAGCUGGAAGACACGGCCUCUAAUUAAUGUUCUGUGUGUAGCAAUUGUUUGCCAAGCCUGGAUGCUUUAGAAGCAUGAGGACCAAGAUCAAGUUUUUACAAGGAAGAGGUGAGAGCAUAAAUUAACUUCUGACAUUAAAUUCAGUGGUUCUUUUAAAAUGGUGAAGUUCACGAUUUUGCUUGCAUUUACUUUUCAUCAGCCAGGCCUGAAUUGAGGUAAAAUAGUUCACUUGCACGUGUGCAUCAGGCUAAAUGGAUUGCAGAAGAUACAGAUCUGUUUGCCUGUCUGCACUUGCCUUUAGACAAUAUUCAUCAAUUUUACAAAAGCUACUGACUAAACAUGGAACCAGUACAAAUGAAAUGCUUAAGGCAAGGGCUUUCUUUUAUAAAUCUGAUACAGAGUUGGUUUUGCACUGAUAGAAAGAAAAUGUUGGCAGAAAAUUAAAAACUUCUAUUGUUUCUUAAUUUGGGGGAUGAAAGAUACAGACUAUUUUUAAGUAUUUGAUAGAAAACUGCUGUGUUAUGCCAUGUAAUUAGAAAUGUUUUUAUAAUGCUUUGUUCAUAUCUGUGUAUAUGAAAAUAUUUUAUGCCAUAGGUCUUUUCUUCUGUUGAAAAGGUUAUGUAAAUAAAUAAAAUAAUC